ACUUCUGAAUCCCACCCGGUCUUGAGUUUAGUUUGUUCAAGAAUGGUCACAGCAACGCCCAAAACUUUGCUGUUAGCAUUCAACAAGUGCUAGCGCCGAAGCUAACUACUCCCAUAGCAUUGUUCCAUGGUGUAUUCGGGCAUGAAAGUUACAUUUAAACCUAUUGGGUGAACACAUUUCACUUUCGGAACUUUUAGCUGCGUCACACUGCUCAUUGACUUUAACUUUAUUAAGCCACUCUGCUAACUAGCUCCCAGGUAAGUCACGUCCACUCUUUUGUGGGCAUUUUAAUGACGUCAUCCGAGGGACUGUUUUUGUCUGACACGAUUCUCACAUUAUUGCAGCGUUGUUCAAUUAAUAUGUUAUUUAUACGGGAUCCUUGAACAAUUAAAUGGAAGAUUACACUCACGCACUUCCUGAAAUGCCUAACAAAAUAAAGAAUAUGUAUUAUCGUUAUGUAAAAUGUUGGUUUGCAUGACACUGAAAUGAGGAGGUACAACAACUAUCAAACCUGUUUUGAGGAAGAAAUUCUGCACGAAGCAGUGGUCCAUCUCAUUUCGAGGCCUUCAUGAGUUGCUGUAGGGGAGUGGUUGGAUGGUUUGUCGUGACGGAUGUGAGUAAUGUGACUUUCCAGGGCUGAACUGAUUGCCUCUUCAAUAUGUUGUCGGUCAGUGAAUGCUUUUUCCUAGUUCUCAGUGAAACCUGUUAAUGGGUAAGUUAUCUGAAAGCUCGCCACUUGAUAGGAAAUCACAUCUUUAAAAGGAACUCAAGUCACUUGCAAUGACAUCCAUAAGUAUAGCAGCACUUGGAAACACAUGGCAGUUUUGAAACCAUCUUGAAUCGGCAGCAGCAUAAGAAUCUUGAGAAGCUGUGCAACCAAAGAUGUUGAUUUAAUACUGAGUUAGGGAUGUGCAGAUACCACUUUUUUGCCGACUGAGGGUGAGGACUGAUGUUGGAGUACUUGCCAACAUCGAUGUGAAUAAUACCAUAACAACCAUUUAAAAAUUAUUAUUUUAUUUUUUUCUGCACAUGUUUUCUGAACAAACAUAACACCACUACCACAGAUGUCACUAUGAACAGUUCAAGUUUAGCCUGGGCAAUCUGUGCAUAUGCUGAUCAAUAAUCUCUAACAUCCUGGUUUGUGUAUGCAGUGUUUGCCUCAAUGACUAUAUUUUGUGACCAUACAUGAUAGUUAAAGCACCACGUAGUCACCCCAUGUUAUACGGAGCAUUUUCUUCAAUUAAACACGUUUUAAAACUACAAGCAUGAAAAAACAUCCUCUUGUAUCUGUGCGGUUUCUCUCGGAGCAGCUGGAGCGGGUCAUUGAUGAUGAUCAAAGCUGAUCAAAGACGGCACGUCUGCAAUCUCAUCUGUGCACACACAUGGGUGGAUCUCACCAAAUCUGCAGUUUGAACUGUUGAGUUUAUCGUGUUAAAAGUACAAUUAAAACUAUGAACUCUAGCGUGCUCGGCUUUGGAAUCUAGUUCCACACGUGCCACAGCAGUCCUUGUUGUUAUGUUCUUGUUGCUCUUAUAAAGAAAAACAUGAACAGUCUCUACACAUUGUGUUUUAUCAUACGAUUUUCUCAGAUUUGCGUCUGUUUUUACAGGCUGUUUUCUUUUCUGAAUGAUCCGAAGUUAAAUUUGUCCACUUAAGCGGUAGCGCUGAUUCUGGAUCGAAAUGCCAGUUUGGCACAUAUGCUGAAAAUAUUAUCAUCGGCCAAUAUUAAAGAAUAAUUUCAAAAAUUCCAGCAUCCAGAUGAUGUCUUGUCCCAUUCACAUAUUUUCAUGCUGCAUUUUUUGCCCUACUCCCAAGAUUCACACUUUGAAGUUGGGACCACUGGGAUAGAGAGGAUUAAGCACUUGUUCAGUCACAAUGAAUGUGUGUACAAGUUAAAUUGUAUAACUGUUCAUUUAGAUUAUUAUGUGUGUGUUUAUCUACCACGUAAAUGUUUUAAUAUCUGCUAGGCGCCUGAAAACUAUUAAGCUAGUAUGUUAUAGAGAAUAGAGAAGAAAUAGUCUUUCCCAGCUUCUUCCUGAUGAAUUGUUUAAUAAAUUUAGUGCAAAUAUUAGCAAAUAUUAUCCUUAAGUACAGGUACUACGAGAUGGUGAGUAGUAAGACAGUAAAACGCAUAAUUGACAAGUGUUCUUUACACAGCCAACAGGUUCAGGACAUUGUUUAGUUUUUGCAAUUCCCUCAGGAAGCGUUUCAUCAUGGCUUGUUCCUCAGGAAAUGAACUUGUUGCACACAUCCACUGACCUAUAGGAGAUUCACUGAGCUCAUUUAAACGUCAGAAGUGUAGAUACCUGCAGUCACUUUAUAACAAUCAUGAUUGUUUUGACAUCCCUUGUAACACUGACCACGCUUUUAUGUGUCAGCAGAAGAAUGAUGAAGAAAGUAAAUAUGCUUUCUUUGUUGUUGUUCUUUCUUUCUGGACUAGCUUAAAUGCUAUAAAUAUGAUUUUGUUGUCAUCCAUUUCCCCUCUGCCCCAACCUUUGCAGGCUCUCUGAGGAAGCAGAUUAUUGUUUUGAAUAUUGAAAGUAUUUUAAAAAAUGUCGGCUCCUGCUCCAGAUGGUUCAGCUGCUGCGUCAAGCAACAGGCGCCUGCAGCAGACCCAGGCCCAGGUGGAUGAGGUGGUGGACAUCAUGCGUGUGAACGUGGACAAGGUGCUGGAACGUGACCAGAAGCUGUCUGAACUGGACGACCGAGCGGACGCGCUGCAGGCUGGAGCCUCCCAGUUCGAGACCAGUGCUGCCAAGCUGAAGAGGAAAUACUGGUGGAAGAACUGCAAGAUGUGGGCCAUCCUGAUAGCGGUCAUCGUGAUCAUAGUGAUCAUCAUCAUCAUUUGGAGUCAAUCAUAAAACUUGACUGAAAAACAGUCAACAUGAUCACUGGACCCACCUCAUGUAUUCCCUGAUGAAGCGGAAGCUCUUGUUCCCUGCUCUGGGUUGUGUUUCUUUGUGUGUCUGUGAAUGUGUGCCUGAGUGGGGUCUGUUCUAUGUGCCUAAGUAAAGGCUUUCACUUCUGUAUCUACACUGCCGUUUUACGCAUGGUCAAAUUCAACUGCCCAAGACCGUCCGGACUCAUGUUGCUGGGCUUGUCCCCAGGAGUGGCUUUCUGGGGGCAUGGUAGGCUCCACACUCUUCCACAGUUCUGAACACCAAUAUUUGAAACUUGGAGGAUGUUCCAUUUCCAACUUGAUAGUAGUGCUUUUGGUCACUGAUCUGUGACCCUGGAGACAACCCGCUGUCCUAUUUAAAAUCUUUUAAUUUUUAAUGAAUAGCCAUUUUGUGUGCCAAGCUGAGAGAUGCUAUUGAAUACAGUGCCUCACCUUUUUUAUUUUGUCAUAGUGUGUGCUGCCACAAGCUGCUCUCUGUUUAUAUUUUUUCCUCAAAGAGAGGCUUCACUUUUGCUUCAUUCUUUGUCUAUAUUUUAAAGAUUACUAAUGCAGAUGUUUCUCAUACACCUGAACCACACAGGACCACACAUCUGGGCUUAUUUGCUUCCUGUUAAGUACUGCUGACAUUCACUAAAGUGCCCAUCACUUUAGAACCCAUAGAUAAAUGUUAUUCUCUGAAACGUGCCAGAACAUAUGUGACUUCCAAAUACUUCCAACUGGCCAAUCAAAGCACAGCGUUGCCUAUGGAUUGUGCUUCAUGGCUGCUGAACUUGUGUUUUAACUCCCACUGGAUGCUUGCCUUUGACACCGUUUCCUCCAGUGGAUGCAGCGGCCUUGGAGAAGGACAGAAAAAGGAAUGUUCCAAAUGUGGUGUCACCGGUCAUCGGUGCUGUUUGACUUCUUUAUUUUAUAAAUCACAGGUGAAUUAUGGUCAGCCCCUUGCUACACCAUAGGUGCGGCUACCAAAACUUGGAUCUGGAUGAAGUCUGCAAAUCAAUGUGUCUGUUGCUUAAAUAAAAGAUAACUAAGAACUUCA